AUGACUGAGACCCACUUCGAGCUAGCCUCAGAACCUAAAUGCAAUGCCUCUAAAGAAGACGACAUGGAUAACCUAGUCUUCGUUGAAAAGGUUCAGUAUGCGCGUUUAUCCAAGCAUCUACCGCCUAUUCCUCAUCGUCCCGAAUGGCAGACAGAAGGAAGCACUCGACCGAAUGGCAGGCGAUCUAAAUUCAAGUGCGGUGUACGAAUAAUCUUGAAAGAGUCGGAAGUUGUUUCCUGUCCUGACACCGGUUCUGAACAGAACAUCCUGUCGAAGGAGACCGCAACGCAGCUUGGGAUCCUGGACCGAUUAGACUCGAGCCGCUCGAGCAGGUCCAUCUUGGGGAACGGCAUAGGUGCGCAGUUUCUAGGAACUGUUGACAUGGAGCUCCAUUUCCCCCAGGGCCCGAAAAUGUUGCCCAAAUGCACGUUCCAUAUGUUUGAAAGCUUGAUACGCCUAGCAAUUCUAGGUAGUGUUUUUCCGAGACAUACCGAGCCUCUGACAAAGCAUUGCCAACUCCGUCUGCACGAGAGACCUGUACAAAUUUCGUCUCUUUUGCAGGUCAUGCACGUUGACGCAGCCAGGGAAAGGUUCAGAUGUUAUAUGGAUAACAACCUGGUGGAUGCCGACGUCGACACCGGUUCUGAAAUGGAUCUAGUAUCCAAGCAGUCCGUUCGGAAGUCUUCCCAGCGCGUAAGGGCUCUGCAGGAUCGCCGACUUGUGGAAUUCGCCGAUGGAAGCAUUGGCUGGAUAUCCUAUCAGAUAUUUGCCAGGUUCUCUUGUGACCUGGAACGACCCAGGUCUGAAUAG